AUGUCGUUUCUGUGGGAGAAGAGCUCCACAUGGCGGUGGCUGGUGGCGAAGACGAGGGACUCCAAGCCCUUCUUCCUCACCUUCGCCACCGUCUGCGGCGUCGUGCCGGGGGUCAUCGGCUAUUGCGUUAUGCAGGUCACCAAUUCGGGGAACCCCGAGCUCGAAGCCAAGCUCCGCCAGUCGGCCCGCCCCGAAACCCUGAUGAUGGGCAAAGUUAAUCAAGAGCGGCUGGCAGAGUUUCUCGGGGAACUGAAGAGGAAAGAGGACACUAAUGACAGAUAUGUGGCGGCUUUAAGAGGCGAGACACUCACGAGAAACCCGUACGUGAGGAUUCAGCCAGUUCCAAGUUCAAGUGCCACUGAUGCUGUUAAGAAGUAA